GUACCAUCAAGAAACCGGAGUUGAUACUCCAGCUGAUGCUGCUGUCACUGGCCCUUAUAAACCCAACAAAGAAAGAAACAAGUGUGAUGAAGUGAACAAUAAAGAGUGUUUGUGGUGUCUAACACAGAGGCAGUGUUUCAACCUGAAGAGAGAGAGAGAGUCUGAGGCAACAUGGAGACUUCAUGUUCUUGGUCAUCUCCAGACUUUGGCACUGCAUGGUUGUUACUUCUGGUUUCUCCAAUAAUUUCUGUCUAAUAGAUCCAGUUGCUUAGGGAAGUUACCCUCUCUUUAUUUUGAACUCUGUUUUUAAAUUAGAAUUUUUUGUAUUUGUAAAAUUAGUCUAAUUACCUUAAAAUAAUUGAAUGAUUGGUUUCCUGUGCAUAAUUAAUAGAAGAGUAGGUAUGUUGGCUAGGAACUGGAUCAACUUAAUUAUUGAAAUAGGCUAAAAUAGGAUGUAAAAUAGGCCAAAUUGCUGAUGCAUAUAGUUGUGCCUGAACAAUUAUCUUAGUUUUCCAUCAGAUGUUGCAUUUGUGGUGUCAUAACCUGAGAAAAACAUUCUUUACCAUUUGAAAAUUUUGACACGCUCAGCACUUUUAAUUUUGGGAGUCACAAUAGUAAAGGUGUUAAGAACUUAAAGGUCAUUUAUGACAAACGAUAAGAUGCAAUACAUUAGAGUUCCUUCAAGGAAACAAACAUAUCAGUGUUCUGAAUGUCUUAAAGAUUUUUCAUAUAAAUCACGUCUAAUACAACAUAUGAGAGUUCAUACACAAGAAAAACCAUAUCAGUGUUCUGAAUGUCUAAAAGACUUUUCACAUAAAUCAAAUCUAAUACAUCACAUGAGAGUUCAUUCUCGAGAAAAACCAUAUCAUUGUUCUGAAUGCCUAAAAGACUUUUCACGUAAAUCAUCCCUGAUACAACAUAUGAGAAUCCAUUCACAAGAAAAACCAUAUCAGUGUUCUGAAUGUCUAAAAGACUUUUCACAUAAAUCUUCCCUAAUACUACACAUGAGAAUCCAUUCACAAGAAAAACCAUAUCAGUGCUGUGAAUGUCUAAAAGACUUUACAAAUAGCUCAAAUCUAAUACAACACAUGAGAGUUCAUUCUCAAGAAAAACCAUAUCAGUGUUCUGAAUGUCUAAAAGACUUUUCACAUAAAUCUUCCCUAAUACGACACAUGAGAAUCCAUUCGCAAGAAAAACCAUAUCAGUGCUGUGAAUGUCUAAAAGACUUUACAAAUAGAUCAAAUCUAAUACAACACAUGAGAGUUCAUUCUCAAGAAAAACCAUAUCAGUGUUCUGAAUGUCUACAAGACUUUAAACAUAGAUCAUCCCUGAUACAACAUAUGAGAGCCCAUACACAAGAAAAACCAUAUCAGUGUUCUGAAUGUCUGAAAGACUUUUCACGUAAAUCUUUCCUAAUACGACACAUGAGAAUCCAUUCACAAGAAAAACCAUAUCAGUGCUGUGAAUGUCUAAAAGACUUUACAAAUAACUCAAAUCUAAUACAACACAUGAAAGUUCAUUCUCAAGAAAAAUCAUAUCAGUGUUCUGAAUGUCUAAAAGACUUUAAAUGGAGAUCAUCCCUAGUACAACACAUGAGAGUUCAUUCAUUAGAAAAUUCCUUUUAAGAAUGAUUGCCUUGAUAUGGGUGAUAUACUCUUAAUCCAAGGAGUUAGAAUUAUCCCUCACCUUCCUUGCAUCAGAUAUGAAUACCCUCCUCUUCCUAUUUUCCAGGGGCUGUAUGACCCAUACUGAUUUAGCACUUGCUCAUGAAUAUAAUAAUCAUGAGGUAAACUAUUUUUGAGUUACAUUAUUUUUUUGUUUUUGCAUCAAAACAGAACGACUCCCAUUUCCUAGGCAUUGUAUGACCUUUACAGGUUUAGCAUUUCUUCAGAAAUGAAAUAAUUCUGGCUUCUUGGAUAAAUGUUUGAUCAGACAGACUAUUGCGACCCCUGAAUGGGUCACAAUGUAUAUAAUGUAUAUUAUCUGUUCUUAUAGUUUUAUAUUGCUUAUAUUUGCGAUAUUAGCUAAAUUGUAAAUAUAUUGCUUUAUAUUAUUAUUUAACUUAGUUUUAUUAUUAGGUAGGAUUUAUAUAUUAUUCAGUGCUCAUAGUUCAAGAGUGUUAAGUAGCCGACAGCAUUGUCUAACUAGUGUAACUAUCGCUCCGCUCAUUUCCCUGCCAGCUUCUGUGUUGCUGGGCAGCAGCAGUCCAUGGAGCCACGUGAUCAGGGUGGGGUGAUCACACCUCACCUGGGUGAGAGAUAGUCUGUCCUUCGCUAGCUUUUGCUCGGGAGCUAUCUCUCUCUCUUCUCUGUUUUACGUUGCUUCCGACAAGACGAGCCUCUCACCAGCCCUUCCAUGCUGGCACUUGUUGGAAGAUCCUCUGUCGCUUUCUUGUUGUUGGUUCUGUGUAACUCUGUUCACAGAACAUAGCCUAGACUUAGUGAUUUUCGAUGUUGUACUGAGGUUGUGUGUCGCAUUGACACUCCGAGAAACUCAGGUCCUGAGCUGUAGCUUCUGAUCUAACUUGUACUGGUAUCUGUGCACUGUCACAGUCGGGGAUUUUCUAAUGCUGAACUUAGAUUCAGUAGUAUGGGAGUUUUGUGACUUUUGUGGAGGAUCUGCAGAUGGUUCCUACUUAGUGUCGUUAUAUUAUCUCCUUCUUCCUGAUUCUGUGUAGCUGUUGCUUGUCUUAUUGCUGUUCGACUUAUCAGCCGUAUUACUGUUCAAACAAGCUGUUCUGAUUGCCAGGUUUGUCAAGAAGUUAGUUUAUAUGAGGACUUUUAGUCAGUCACUGGUUAAGUCUAGUCAAAUCUUGAGACAUAGCAAACUACUUAGAGCACUUACACACAUACACACAUACUCACUUGUAUAUAUUAGUAUUAUGUUAUUAAAUGCUAACAGUGAACCAGAUGGUACUUAAAAGCCAUAAAGAUGUAAUAUGUGCCUUCAGCGCAAUACUACUGUACACAAGAGAAGUGAUUAUUUUGAUUACUUUAAUUUACUUUGAUUUUAUAUGCCUAGUCAACUU